UGAUGUGGCAGACAGGUAUGAAACCCAUUGGCUGUGCCAUGAGACAGGGGGACGAGACUUGUACAAUGAAUGUGCUGAGGACACAUGUUUACAGUGAUGGGAGAGAGGAAGAAUGGAGCUGCACAGGAGGACCACUCAACACUAUGGUGCCUUUCCUGAGCAGACAUGCAGUAAAGGAAGCUAACAAAAAGCCUCUGACAGACACCAAAAGGGCAAACUGGGCUGCAAUAGCUCCUGAGAAACAGAUAUUAAAUUAGUUAUCAUCACCUAAGCUUAUUUGUUUCUGACUUCAGUACCAAGUACAACACACUAUCCCUGUUUCCUAACACACCCAGAAGAUUCAUCUCAAGGACUUAGAGAAAACACUGUAGAACACCUCUCAGGGAUGACCAGUGCUCGCUGCUGAAGACUUCACCAGAAGAGUCUGUUUUUGGAGCCCAACCUUCCCACAGGAUGGCAUCCACUGUGUCUGCCGUCCCCCGUGGUGUCUUCGGCCCCUCGCCGCCCCCUACGGCUGUCUGGCCUCCUCUGGACUUCGCCCUAGGUGCUGUCGCCUGCUGCGCUGCCUGUGUGUUCACCAACCCUCUGGAGGUUGUGAAGACCCGCCUGCAGCUUCAGGGAGAGCUGCUUGCUCGGGGGUCCUACCAGAGACACUACAGAGGAGUCCUGCAGGCCCUUUGGGUGGUGGGCCGCACAGAUGGCCUGCGAGGCCUGCAGAAGGGACUCUCAGUGGGGCUGAUGUACCAGGGUGUGAUGAACGGAGUGAGGCUGGGCUCCUAUUCCUACUGUGAAGCUCUGGGACUCACCUCGUUCCACGGGGGGAGUCUACUGUCAGGGGCAGCAGCUGGGGCUCUGGGUGCAUUCAUCGCCUCUCCUGCCUACCUGGUGAAGACCCAUCUGCAGGCUCAGAGUGUGGAAGCCAUAGCUGUAGGCCACCAGCAUAACCAUCUGGGGGCGUCUGAUGCCUUUGCUACCAUCUAUAGAAGAGAAGGAGUGAUUGGCCUUUGGAGGGGUGUGAACGGGGCCGUGCCUCGUGUCAUGGUGGGAUCAGCUGCUCAACUGGCAACCUUCACCUCGGCAAAGAACUGGGUGGCACAUUCCCAGUGGUUUAGUCCAAACAGCUGGCUCACAGCGUUGUUAGCUGCCAUGGUUAGUGGGGUUGCAGUGGCAAUCACAAUGACACCAUUUGAUGUUAUAAGUACACGUCUUUACAACCAGCCACUAGAUGAGUCUCAUAGGGGGCGUCUGUAUCAUGGAUUUUCCGACUGUAUGCUGAAGGUGUGCCAAGCUGAGGGCCUGCUGGGGUUAUAUAAAGGCAUGGGCCCGGUCUUCCUGCGCUUGGCCCCACACACCGUCCUUAGCAUGCUGUUCUGGGACAUGAUGAGACAACAGACAGUGAAGGACAACCAGAGCCAGUGAAGGAGCUGAACUACCCUAAACCACUGGUGUAUGACUGGCUGGACUCAGAGAUAUUGAAGUGGUCCAUCAAUUAAUGAAACACUGAAUUGAAAGCAAAAGUUGCAUUUGGGUUAAUGCUCAUAUUUG